CUGAACUCAUCUGGCUACGACUAAGUCGUGUACUGGGUAUUUCGUCACCAUGGCAGAUGCCAGGCCUUACAUUGGCUGGUGACGGUCAGGGAGGAACACUGUAUGCUCAUAAGUCAUGUCUCUGUCUCCCUCUUCUUCUGUUGUAUGGCAUCGUCUUCGGCAAGGUAUUCUUGACUGAAUCUAUACUUCCCGCCCACCUGGAUCCAGCAGCUAUACUCUUUCCAGGUAUUCACGAGCAUGAACCGGCGUACCCAGGAUCGCGACCAAGGUUAGGGCUAGCGCUAGACUGGCUAGACCAGGGAAUUAGGAAGAUGAGGCAAAAAAGAAAAAAACAUACAACAGCGAGGAUUCCCCGGUCGUCACCGACCCGAGUACUAAUUCGCCGCUUCUCAGCUUGACUAAGGGAGAGCGGACGGGAUCCCGUAUUUUCUAAGAGCUAUGGUCGUAUGUACUGAGAAGGGUGACACUAGGGUAUAUAAAGAUUGGUUCUGCGGCGAGAAGAGAGACCGCCACAACUGUUCGUCACCCAUGUCAACAUUCCCG